ACUCGGCCCCGAGCGCACGUUCCUCCGCCCGCUUCGCAAUGGUUGGUCUUCCUCGGCGAUGUCUCCUCGUGGGCUUCUUGCUGGCCGCCGUCUACCCACAGCAACUUGAUUCAUGCAGAGAAAACCAAUACUCAGUAAAUGGACAUUGCUGUGAUAUGUGUCCGCCAGGAAAGAAACUGGUCGAGGACUGCACGGUCACAUCCCCCACAGUAUGCCGCCCUUGUGGUCGAGGCGAAUUCCUGGCGAUCGAGAACAGCGAGAAAUACUGUCAUCCGCACAGAUACUGCGACUUGAACCUAGGACUCCAGGUCCAGACGGAGGGCACUUUGUCAACAGACACGACUUGCAUAUGUCAGGAAGGCCACCACUGUGUCAAUGACAACUGCGAUGGCUGCACCCCGCACAGCUCCUGCCCUCCUGGCUCUGGGGUCAAGCAGAUCGCUACAAAUUUUUCUGAUACCAUCUGCGAACCCUGCCCAGUCGGUUUCUUCUCCAAUGUGUCAUCUGCUUCUGAAAAAUGCCACCCUUGGACAAGCUGUGAGAUCAAAGGCCUGGUGGAGCGGCAAGCAGGGACUAACAAGACUGACACCGUCUGCGAUUUCCAGGAUCGGAUGAGAACCCUAUUGGUGGUCCCCAUCAUCAUGGUGAUCAUGCUGAGUGUCCUGUUGAUGUACGCCUGCAUCAAAAAGGUGGCUGAGGAGGCAGACACAAAGCCCCCCUGUCCUAAGGACAAAAGGCAAGACCCCGAGGAGUCAAUAUAUCUGGAAGACGCCGUCGGCCCCCUCCCCAAUCCGGUGCAGGAGACCUUACUCGGGUGCCAGCCGGUCACGCAGGAGGAUGGCAAAGAGAGCCGCAUCUCGGUGCAGGAGAGGCUGUGAGGCUGUGAGUGCUCAGGAGCGUGGCAGCCUGGACAAAUGGGCACAUGGCUGGGGAGCCUGGAGCUGCUGCUGCGACAUGAGGGCGAGGGGCUGGCGACAGGCACAGCUCCCCUCUGCCUGCACCGCUGUGGCUCAGAAAUACUCACCUUGGGGGGAACCUCCCACUGCAGCCUGGAGCCUAUUCAAUCUCCCAACUUGCUUUUAAAGAUGGAGGCAAAACUUUUUUUAGUUGGGGGGAGCAAAUAAGAUCAUCAAACUCUCCAACCCAGCAGUUCAGUGCCCACGAUGGUUUCUGUGAGCCCAAGGGACAUCUACAUGAAUAUCAUCGCAGCGCUGUUUGUGGCAGUGAACAAAUGGAAGCUACUUAGCUGUCCAUCA